CUCAUGCGCGCUCAAGUUGCCCACUGGCACGCCCGUCUCGCCCUUGACAGCCGCAGCAGCCACGUUCCAUCCCAGCACACCCAGGAAGAUUGCCAAGGAAAGCAGAGUCCUGUUCCGUCGCGACACCAUGAUGACACGUGAAAUGAUUCGAUGAUAUGUAUCCGUGAUAUUGCGUCGUGAGGGGUUGAACGCUCAGGGGUCUGUCACCUACUUCAUGUAAACUGGCCUGGCCUGGAGCUCGGUAGAGACCUAGUCCGCUAUCGAUAACGCUAACGGAAAGUUCGCCAAAACUUUUGGCAAGUUGCGACCACCGCCUCGACAACACCAGACGAACCAACCCCACGCCCUCGAUCAAUCUCCGAAAUCACUCAGCAUGGGUCGCGAACUCCAGAAAAAGAAGAACAAGUCUUCCAUCCCCCGGAAGCGCCAAAACGGUCCCUCCAAGAAGAAGAUUCUGCAGAACCCCAUCAUCGCAAAGCACUGGAAUCAAAAAGAAACCCUCGCACAAAACUACCGCCGUCUCGGCCUAACAGCGCGCCUCAACCACGCAACCGGCGGCACAGAAAAGACCAUCGCCCUCCUCGGCUUCAACGACGAGAAAUCCUCGCGCGCAGACACCGCCGCAAACAGCACAGCCGACGCUCUGAACAUUGUCUCCAAAGCGAAGAAGCCCGAGAACAUUCCCACCGAGGAGAUUGAAGUCGAGCGCGACCCUGAAACGGGUGCCAUUCUCCGCGUAACAGGCACAUUCGCAUCUGAGAAGAGGGACAACCCCUUGAACGACCCGCUCAACGACAUCGAGGACGACAAUGAGGGAGAAGAGUGGAACGGCUUUGCCAUGGUACCGGAGCGACCGGACGAGGCGCAGAACCCAGUCAUCAAGGAGCUCGAGGAGGCGGCCUUGAACGGGGCCAAGAAGGCGCCGAGGGGUCAGAGUCAGAGGGAGCAGGAGUGGGUGGAGCGAUUAGUCAGUAAAUACGGAGAAGACUACGCCAAGAUGGCGAGGGAUCGCAAGCUCAAUCCCAUGCAGCAGACUGCCGCUGAUAUCAGGAAGAGGGUGCAGAAAUGGCAAAAGCAGCAGGGGAAGCCUUGGACUGGAGCUUAGAUGGGUGAAAGCGCGAUAUGCAUUGAGCUGGUGUUCAUGGCG